AUGGUUGCGGCCUUCAAUAUCACCCAGGAAGCUCGUAUUCCAUGCAUGGCUCACCGAUGUAAUACUACUAUUGAGACAGCCUGGAGUAGAGAAGAUGCAAAAAAUCCAACGUUUGCAACCUUCAAUCUUGCAGUUCGUGAAUUACGUAAGUAUACCAAUCAAACGAGUGGUAUUCAGGAUAAAUUAGCAAAGACACUGAAAGGUGGUUGUGGUACACGCCCUUGGCGAUCAUAUUUUACCAUUCAUGAUUCGUUAAAUGAUUCUUUUGAAGAACUCAAUACUAUACUACGUGACAGACAAGAACAAUACCGAUUAUUCAACAUCGAUCCUGUUCUAUUGAAUGGAAUAGUUCAAUUAAUGCGACCAUUUUCAAUGAUUUUAGACAAACUCGAAAUGGCCAAUCAGCCGACAUUGCAAAAUGUCGUGCCCAGUUAUUAUCGUAUGAUGAACGGCACUCAAAUUAAUGCGAAUGAUCAUAAAAUAAUCAAAGAAUUGAAAUCUGAAAUUAGAUAUUGUCUUGAUGAAAAAUAUUUACCUCCGAUUUUACAGAUUCAUUGGGUUGAUCGUUCAUAUUUGGAAACACAAAAGAAUGAAGUUCGAAAAGGUCUUCAUAUUCUUGCGUCUGAUAUCAUCCAGCAAUUCGACAGUUCUCAUUCAUCACAAUCACAACAUGUAUCAAGUACUUCACCAUCAACAUCAUCAAAACAUAUUAAAAAUGAUCCAUUUGCUGAUUUCCGUAAUAAAAAAAGUACACAAAAAUCAUCAAUUCAUGAUACAAAUACAUUUGCAAAAGAAUUAGAUCAACAAAUUCAAAUAUACGAAAAUAUGGAAGUUGAUGACGGUUACGACAACAAUCCAUUCACAUUUUGGUACAGUCACAAAGAUGAUCUUUCACUGCUCGCCAAAAUUGCAAAGUCUGUGUUGGUGAUUCCAGCUUCUUCAGCUGAAAGUGAACGUCACUUUUCUAUGGCAGGUCAAAUAGUGACCGAACUUAGAAGUUCACUUGAUCCUGAAUAUGUGGAAGCUCUUGUAGUGCUCAAAGAAGCAUACAUCAACAAGAUGUGGCCAACUAUCCCACUAUCUAAUGAAGAAUCUUAA